AUGACUACUGUUUCCCCUCCAUCACCAACUCAACCUCAAUCCAUAGUCCACAAGCUGGGACGCAUGGUGUCCCCGUUUGCAAAGCAAAGCUCACAGAGAAGGCUUAGACUCUCUCUUACCAAGCUUGCCAAAGACGUCUUUGACGAUUCCGAGAUGACCGAACAUACGGAGGAAUCAGAUCUUACCGAACGAACCCACCGUACUCUCGAAGUCACAGAGCACGAUGACCAAAGUUCAAAUGAUAGCUUUGGCGAGUGCUCCGUUGCAUUCGAAGAGAGCAUCCUUGACUUUGUCGCGCUAAACGACAAGGAAUCUGAUUUCUUCGUCCCUUUGAAUCAAAACGAAUUCCUUGUGGAAUGUUUCAUGACCAAUGAGUGCAGUGAUGUCACUUUCAUUGUUCAUUUCUAUGCUGCAGACUCGGCUCUGUCGGAACCCAUUGAAGAUCUCAUUCUAAUUAGAUCAAUGGAAGCUGGAUCGCACUGCCAGUGCCGAAGAGUCAAUGCGGAACUUGCACCACUCUUUACCAAGAAGCUGAAUAUUGAUCCCAAGCAACCAACCAUUGUUGCCAUCCGCAACGGAGCUGUGAUUAGCCAGAUCUCAGAUAUAUCGUCUUCCGGAUGCUGGGAACUUGAAAAGUGGAUCGCCGAUACUGGAAUCUUGGAACAACCAAAGAGUGCUUCCGAAUUUGCCAGAUUGAAUACACUCUCUUGCUAA